AUGGCCUCACUGUACCCUCUGGUCCACUCGCAGCAGCUCCUCCAGCGCCUCCUCGCCCUCAACAAGCCCAAGUCGCUCGCGCCCGCACUCCACUACUGCUACCUCGUCGGCGGCCACAUCCAGACGAGGGGCACCGACGCCGAGGAGCCCUUCCGCCAGGAGGCCAACUUCAAGUGGCUCUCGGGCUGCGACGUGCCCGGCUCGGCCCUCACCAUCGAGUACGAGCACGAGGGCGGCGACCAGGUCGACCCGAGCAGGGUCCACACCCGCCUCUGGCUCCCCGACGUCGACGAGGCCGAGGUCAUGUGGUGCGGCCUCCCUCCCGCACCUGAAGAACUCGCCAAGUCGCUCAACCUCACGUCUAUCCAGCGAGGAUGGACGCCCGCCGCCCUGUACCCGCCAAAGCCCCAAGCCGACGUCCCGACCUUCCUCCACACCCUCCCGCUCGUCUCGCCCCCGACCACGAUCAUGGCGCGCAUCAACGGGCCCAAGCACACGACCGACUACCUCGAGAAGGCGCUCCACUACGCGCGGCGGUACAAGAGCCCCAAGGAGGUCGAGCUCAUGACCAAGGCGAGCGAGAUCACGGCCGGCGCGCACAAGAACCUCAUGCGCCUCGUCGGCUCGGGCCACGUUUCGGACGAGAACGCGGCCGAGGCUGAGUUCGUUUCGUUCUGCAGGAGGAACGGCUCGAAGCACCAGGCCUACUCACCCAUCAUGGCCGCCGGCACCUCGGCUGGUACGCUCCACUACGUCGACAACGACCGUCCCUUCCCUUCUGAGCCGACGCUCCUCCUCGUCGACGCCGGCGCGGACUACAACUGCUACGCCGCCGACGUCACUCGGUGCAUCCCGCUCGGCAACGGCGGCCGGUUCACCAAGGAGUGCAAGGAGAUCUACGAGCUCGUCCUCAACAUGCAGUACGCCGCGUUCGAGCAGAUCAAGCCGGGCGCCAACUGGGAGCAGAUCCAGCGCCUCAUGCACGACGUCCUCGCACGAGGGUUCCUCAAGCUCGGCAUCUUCAAGGUCGACGGCGCUCGCGAGGAGGAGGCCGUCCGCAAGCUCCUCGACUCGGGCCUCACGUCGGCCUUUUACCCGCACGGCGUCGGCCACCUCCUCGGCCUCGACGUUCACGACGUCGGCGGCCUCCCCGACGAGGGCCGCCACAAGACGGACCCGCUCCUCAAGUACCUGCGCCUGCGGUACCCGCUCGAGGAGGGCUUUGUCGUCACGGUCGAGCCUGGCUGCUACUUCAACGAGCACCUCUUUGCGCCGUUCAAGAACAGCGACAUGGUCGACCACGACGUGCUCGCGAGGUACCGCUACGUCGGCGGCGUCCGCAUCGAGGACAACCUCCUCAUUACGGCCGACGGCUUCCGCAACUUGACGCCCGACUGGCUCCCCAAGACGGUCGCCGACGUCGAGGCGGUCACGACUGGGCAGAGCGCCUGAGCGGGUCCUUGUAGCUCUCUCUCUCGUUUCCUCGCUGGAAUCCAAAGGCAGUACCGCAUACUC